AUGAACCUCGUGGCUAUUGUCCCUUCCUCAUCCCCCAACCAUGGCAUCAGUAAGAGCAUCUCCAGCCGCGCCUCCAACAGGCCCAGUCACCCCCCAGAAGCCCUUUUUCGCCGGCUCGGGUCGAAACUGGUGCCGGCGGACCCAGGCAGAACCCGGCGCCCCGGGGGGCGCCUGGGCGCCGGCACAAGCCAAAAGGGCGCGUGGGUCCGCCCUGUCGGCGAGUCGAGCGCCUCUUCCCGCCGUUUCUUCCCGCUUUCCCCCACUUCCCUCCCAUUUUCUCCAUUCCUCCCGCCGAUCUCCCUCCCGCUCGCCUCCCAGCCGGCCGCCAUGCCAUCGAAGAAGUACGUCGUCCUCCACGCCGCGGCAACCGCGACCACCUCCGUCACCCAGCCGAAGCAGAGGAAGCCGAGGGCGCCAUCGUCCAAGCCAACGGGCAUGACAAACGCCGAGUGGAGGGCGGAAGUUCAGCGACGGGAGGCUGUCACCGCCGACCGGCGGAACAGGGCCAUCGCUAAGAAGGCCCGUGACAAUGUGGCAUGCGCGACUGCGGCUGCCGCUUCGGCGGACCAAGCCGAGGCCGAGGCGACUCGCGCGGGGAUGAUGAAUCCACCCGGCAGCCACGCCCAGUACGCGCCCUGGGGCCAACAAGGCGUCGGCUCUCCGUCGCAGCAGCCAUGGGGAUCGCCCUCGCCGGGCUACGCCGACGGGGACGCGCACGGUGGGUUCAACCCAAACCCCGCCUACGCUUCCUCCCCGACGCCCCCUCUCUGCCGUGGCGCGCUGCCCUUCUCGCACCUCGGCGACACCGACCUGGCUUUCCUGCUGGGCGGGGCGGACAUGCUCCAGAGCAACGACGAGGCGUUCAAGGCGUGGUACUUGGCGGAGCAUGGCCUCAUCCUGAACCAGCUUCCCUCGAGGACGCCGCCCACGCCCACGCUCACGCCGACACCCCUGCCAAGCCCGAGCGAUGAUGCUGCCGAGACUCCCCGCAGCACAGAAGCCACGCCGACGCCGCCAAGCACAGAGACCCUGCCUAGCCCGCGCACGCCGACUUCGCCGACGCCGGAGGCCGACCUCGCCGUCUGA